AGAGAGAGAGAGAAAUGAACGAAAUACAGAAAUUGUUAUGAAACACAGAAAUAGGUUCGGUUUUGGGAUUUUCUUUCUAAGUUGUAAUUGUUUGUCCUUAUAUUAAUAAAGCUUUUUUCUCCACAGGAAACUAUUCUCAGGUAAUAUUGCAUUGAACUCUUUUAUUUUGUCUCUACCAUUUGUUGUGUGUCAUUUAUUUUAUUAAGAUUCUAUACUACAAAAACGAGAAAACCUUAUUAUAUUCUUUUAAAAAAACGUAAGAUUACCAAAUGAAAUCUUUUGGGGAGUCAAAACAAAGUUUGGAAGCUAAGCGGUGAUGUUUUAUUACACCUUAUAACAAUAUAUUUCGUCACAUAUUCUUCAAUUCACAAUUCAACUCCCUUUAUAAUAUGAUUAUAUAUGUGGCAUCUCGGCCGGCUACCACUUCACUUCUCAAUUCAUUAUAUAAUAUAAAUAGGCCGUUAUAGCAUUCCACAUGAUCAGCUAUUAAACACAACUCUCCCCUAUACAUAUAUUGCAUGUAUAUGAUCUUAUAAUAAAAUAAUUAUCAUUCACUAAUGGACUUUAAUCUGAAGCUUCUCUUCACUUUCUUCUUCUUCACGCUCUCUCUCUUUUCAGGACAAGGAUCGGCCGGUGGGUUUUACGGUAACCUCCGCCACCGCCACCGGAGCCACCCUUCACGGGGAACAAAACUAUUUGUUUUUGGUGAUUCAUAUGUUGAUACCGGCAACAUUCUGUUUCCGUUUUCAAGUGCUGAACAGUUUCCUUAUGGAAUCACUUUCCCGGGAAAACCCAGUGGUCGGUUUUCGGAUGGUCGUGUUCUGACUGACUUUGCAGCGAAACAUUUAGGGGUGAAAUCUCCGAUACCGUUUAGUAUACGAAGUGAAGUUGGGGAGGAGAGAUUGAAAGAAUCAGGGAUAAAUUUUGCAUUUGGUGGAACAGGGGUUUUCAACACGUUGGUUCCUCUCCCAAAUAUGACAACACAAAUUGACCUGUUUGAACAACUUCGAGAUGACGAAUCUGGGUUGAUCAGUAAUAGAGAUGUUCAUCUCUCUCUCGCACUUGUCUCUGUUUCUGGGAAUGAUUACUCUUUUUACCUUGCAACUAAUGGCUCUGCCCAGGGAUUAAAACCAUUCAUAAACUCGGUGGUGAAUCAGAUAAUGGUAGAUUUGAGGAGGAUUAGGAGGUUAGGUGUAAAGAAAAUAGUAGUGACAGGGCUAGGGCCAUUGGGAUGUCUUCCAAUAUUUACAGCUCCAUUCUCAUUCAAGCAAUGCAAUCAAACCAUAAACUCAUUUGUCCAAUUUCACAACUUCUUGUUGAAGCAAGCUGUGGAUAAACUCAACAAACAAAUUACUAAACAACAGCAUUAUUCUUCUUCUUCUUCUUCUUCAAAAAUCUUCAUUCUUGAUGUGUAUGAUGCAUUCUUGUCCAUAAUCCAAGGCCGUGGCAGUGGCAGAGUUGGGUUAUUAAAGUUCAAGACCCCAUUAAAGCCAUGUUGUUUUGGGGUGAGCAGUGAAUUUGAAUGUGGGAGUGUGGAUGAACAAGGGAAUAAAAAAUUUGUGUUAUGUAAUGAUCCCAAAUCAGCUUUCUUUUGGGAUUCUGUUCAUCCCACUCAAACAGGAUGGGCUCAUGCAUUUUCCUCUUUUACAUCAUUUCUCUAAUCACAUUUUGAUAUACAUAAAGUUUGUCUGUGACACAAACGAUUUAUGUAUUUUUUUUUCUAUCGAGGUGAAAAUAAUGAUAAAUGUAAUCUAGAGGAUAUAGUAAAGUAUUAUUAUUCCGAAAAUAUAAAGUUACCACACCCCAUUGUAUCACCAAAAUGUACUAUAUAGUUCUAAAAGAAGCCUCACAUGCAACUAUUUUGUA